AUGACGGAAAACCACACUUAUUGCAUCAAAUAUCCUUUAAGCAAGAGAAAUAAAUACGAUUUUCAAUUAACGAGUCUAUUUUUAGGAGGAGUCGAAAAAAAUGCAGAAGAUUACGUUAAAAGUGCAAAAGUAUUGCGGCUCGUUUAUUACUUUAACGACUAUUCGAAAGUUCAAAGAAGCAAAGUGAAAGAAUGGCAAAAUCUGUUUUUAGAUGUUAUUAAAUCGAGUAAAUUUCAGUACAUAAUCGUCGAUCGAUACACAUCGAUUACAAUUGAACAAGAGUUAUCUGCUGUCGUCAGUCGAAUAUUUCCUCGAAUACCGAUUGCAAUGUUAGCAAUAGCAAUCUUUUCAAUGUUGACCUGUUUGUAUAACAGUUGGAUCGAAAGCAAACCUUGGACUGGAAUAAUUGCGUUAACGUCGGGAGGAAUGUCUUUGGCUUCGUCAUUUGGAUUGACCAUGUAUUUUAAUAUACCAUUUGUGCCUCCUGCGGGAACUAUACCUUUUUUAAUCAUAGGAGUAACCAUGGAUGACGCUUUUGUUUUUCUUGCUGCGUGGAAAAGAACCGAUCCACAGAAGACCGUUCCAGACAGACUCUCGGAAGUUUAUUCGGAAUCUGCCAUUUCUGUUACUAUAACUUCAGUAACGAAUUUCAUAGCUUUCAUUUCGGGACUGUUUACACCUUUCAGAUCCAUAUAUUAUUUUUGUUUAUAUGCAUCGAUUGCUAUUAUCUUCUGUUAUAUUUAUCAGAUAACGUUCAUCGGUGCAUGCAUGGCACUCUUUGGAUAUGUAGAGAAACAAGAAAGACAUUCUUUAUUCUUUACGAAAAUAAGUACACAAACAGGUAAAAAUAUAACGUAUCAUUUGGUAGCGCUUCAAGACACUAAUAAAAAUAAAUUUUUCUCUCUAGAAAACCACUCACGGAUUCGAAAAAUGCUCUUCACCGCCGAUUCUUGGAAAUCUACUAAAGACAUGACCACUCCUUCGUCAUCAAUUUGGACGAAGCUCGGUAAUAUUUUAUUCUUAUGGUAUGUCAUGAUAAUUAUUCUCUUCAUCAUGGCAGGUUACGUGGCAUUUGGAGUUUGGGGAGUGACAAAAACAGAUAUUAUAGGAUCAUUAUCCGACUCUUCUGCAUACGAUUCAUAUUACUUGCAGUAUCAUAAAAAUGUUUUUAAAUAUUUCAAGCAUUACGAAUACAGAAUCCAAAUCGUUGUCGAUCAAGAAAUAAAUUAUGCAGAUGUAGAAGUUCAGAAUAAAAUAGAAAAACUUUUCUCUGAAAUGGAGAGAGAAGGAUUAAUUGCAGAUUUUCUUACCGAGUCUUGGCUCCGAAGUUUCGUGGAAUUCGUCAAAGACGAUUCAAUGUCUGCGAUCGUAAAGUCGUACAACAUGAGCGACACAAAAGAUUUUAUUGUAGUUCUGCGCCGAAUGUUUCUACGUCAUCCGUAUGCACAACGAUUUCGUAAUGAUAUUGCCUUCAACUCUGAUUAUACAGCUAUCGUUGGAAGCAGAUUUCUUUGUCAGACUGAUUUCACUGUCGACGAAAAAUUAUUAUACGUGACUUUACAGAGACUAAGGAAAAUCACUAAUAAAAUGUCAUUCAGAGUGUUUUCCUAUCACUUUUUAAAUUUUGCUGUCGACAGCAUUGACUUGCAUGUAAAAUUUACUGUUCAACUGUUGAGUAGUAUUGUGAUAAUUGUAAUUUUUGUUUGUUUCGUCUUUAUGCCAGACGUUGUCGUUACGUUUUCGGUAGCUUUUUCGAUUAUUACUAUAGAAAUUUCCACUUUGGGUUACAUGGCUCUGUGGGAUAUGGAAUUGGCACCAGUGUCUAUAAUCGUCUUAGUCAUGUGCUCUGGUUUUUCGGUCGAUUAUUCUGCUCAUCUUUCUUACGCUUAUAGACAUUGCGACAUUGAAGGUUCCAAUGAACGUCUUCGUCAUAGCAUGGAUUGUGUAGGAUUUGCAAUAUUUCAAGGUAGUGCAACUACAAUAAUUGCCGUGUUACCUUUAGCCAUUCCGUUGGCGUAUAUAUUUGUAACGAUUUUUAAAAUAAUAUUUUUGGUUAUUAUGGUUUCUUUUAUUACUGCGUUGGUAUUUUUGCCGGUUAUUUUAUCGACACUGAGUUACAUGAAAUCGAAAAUGUGCGAAAGAAAGAAAAGAAGUAAAAACUUCGACCAGAAAGUCGACGGGCAUGCAAAUUUUGGUUAUCAAUCGUCAGAAAUUUGUACAUAA